AUGCACGCUGCGCCUGACCGGGUCUACUCCUGCAGUCGAGAAGCUAGCGAAGGAGGGCUCCUCGGGGAUGCACCGGCGGAUGACCCGCUGCUGCAGCUGGUGGCCGUGAAGGUCCUGACAAACCUAUCGCUGGACCACCGUGCCACGUGGACCGCCCCCGACAUUGAGGCUGUGCGCAGCGCCCUCGCGCAAACGAUUGCGGAGAGCAAGGAGCUUGCGGACGUGUCGGAGAGGCAGCAGCUGCUGGAGCUCUCGCAGCAGCUCUUGGGCCGGCUGCCACAGUCUGAGGCCGAAGCCAGUCCAACAGACAGCACGGCCGCAACGAAGGAUUGGUUCUUCUGCACUGCUCCGGGCUGUGGCCGCCGCUUUGGCUCGCAGGAGAAGCUGUCUGCGCACGUCGAGCGGCGCCACACAGAGCGCAAUGCUGGCGGCUGA